GGGAAAGCUACUUUUCAGGGGAGGGCUGGACUUGUGCCUCACCCUCCGCUUACGGUAAUCGGUAAUCAGAGCCAAGGUGAUCCUAUUUAUAACACCCUUCCUCCGCCCACCACACUCUCUCAGGGACAGCUGCUCACUUUGGACUCAAUUGAGAAGAAUAUUCUGCUGCAGUCUAACUUGCUAAAAAUGUCCAGCUCGGACUGUCUUCCCGACUACCCGCUCAACUCCGAUCUGGUGAAGAGAUUAAAGUCCUCCCUGGAAGCCAGGGAUGAGAAGGCAGUGCUGGAUUUGAUCUGCACUGAAGUGAAGCAUGUGAAUGCUGUCAUUGAACUAGCCAAUGAUGACUGGAUGAAAGAGCCCAAUGCGCCUCUGCACCCCUUGGUUCUAGUAGGUGACCUAGGCAGCCUCCAGCCGCUGAUGGCCCAACACUAUGGAGAUGCCAAUGUGGUCUUUGAGAUCAAUAAGAAUGAAAUGGAAUGGCAGGUGAAGUCUCUGGCCACUUUUGGACUAUCAGGUCUCUGGUCCCUGGAGUAUAAGAGAGAGCUCACCAACCCUCUCUGCAUCACCGCCAGUCACGGCCACACUGACUGCGUACGCCAUCUGCUACACUGGAAUGCUGAUGUUAAUGCAGCCCCAGGUGGGAAGAGUGCCCUACAUGAGGCCUGCCAAGGGGGUCAUACGGACUGUGCAGAAUUGCUCCUGGAACACCAGGCUGACCCCAACCUAAUGAGUGAGGAAGGCUUGGCUCCACUCCACCUGUGUACCUCCCCAAAUACUCUCCGAUGUGCCCAGAUGCUGGUGAAGCAUGGUGCCCAGGUAAACCAAGUGAGCAGCGAGGGCCAGGAAAGCCCCCUUCACAUUGCAGCGAAACACGGCCUUGUGGAUCAUACUCUCCUUUACUUACAACAUGGGGCCAGUGUGGACACUAGGAACAGACAUGAAGAGACACCCCUCAGCGUGGCUUGUGGCCAAGCCCAGGAGCCCCAUGGCCAGGAGCCCUACUUGGAGGUGUGCUGCCUGCUGCUGAGCCAUGGUGCAGAUGCCAACGCCACCGAUGAGGAAGAGAAGAGUCCCCUCCACAAGGCCUGCAAGAAUGCCAGCCACUCCCUGGUCCAGCUGCUGCUCCAGAACCGAGCCAAGGUGAACGUUUUUGACUACAAUGGCACCUCCCCCAUGGCCUGUGUUCUGCAGAGUGCCUCCUUCAAGAGGGAGUGCAGACCCCACCAGACCGUACAAAUGCUCCUCAAUCAUGGCUCCCAGAGGAUUUGGCCAGGGGCUUUUGAGAAGGUCCUGAAGUCUUGUGCAUCCACCCCAGAAAUCAUUGGGAUCCUUUUUAACUCCUACUCAAAGCUCCGGGUCUCUGAAAAAUGGAGAGAAGUAAUUCCUGAGGAAGUGUUUCAGAUGUAUCAGCCUUUUUACCAGUCUCUCUUCAUGCUAUCUCACACCCCGAGGUGUCUGCAACAUCUGUGCCGCUGUGUCAUCCGCAAGCGCCUUGGCAGCAGGUGCUGGUCCUGCAUUCCCCGGCUGCCUGUGCCAGACCCUCUGCAGCAUUACCUCCUGCUGGAGCCAGAGGGCUUGUUGCUGUGAACGGUCAGAGGGAUCGGGGCCGCUGAGGCUGAGGAGUCCACUGUUAAUCACCUUCAUUUCCAAGCUCUUGUUUUCCCAUGGUCAACAGCCCCUGAGGGGCACAGCCCAUCAGGCACCACAGCCCUGGAAUGGUCAGGAGCUUCAAGAUGGUCUGAUAGCCGAGAAUAAGUCAACCCCCCCCAAUUUAUUAAGACUGUCACUACCCAGAGCAUCCUAGCCUGGCUAGAGAUGGGCAUUUCCAUGAGGAAGACAAAAGCAAUCGAUCCAUCAACAACAAUCUGUUGUUGUUAUUGUCACUAUAUACUAGGCCCUGGGCUGAGCUCUUAGGAUGCAAAGAAAACAGUCCCUAGCCUCAAGGAGCUUAUAUUCUAAUAAGGGCCGACAAUGUGUAGUUACCUAGGUCUAUACAAGAUGGCUUCUACACAUACACUUGGGGCGGGGAAGGCUCCCAUUGAAAAAAAAGGGUGAGGGAGCUGAUAAUAAGGGACAAAGUUUGGCUUCCAGGGCUCAGACUUGAAAUUGUCGGGCUGCCUUCAUCAGACUCUGAAUCUACCUUUGAAGCUGAAAUGAUCCAUGAAAUCCUGGCCCUUCCCUAGAGUUCUGAACAAUAAUAAUCUCUGACAUUUACAUGGCCCUCUGAGGUUAAGAGAGUAUGGUAUGUACAUUAUUGCCUGUGAUUCUCACAGCCACCCUAUGAGGUCAAUGCUAUUUACUUUGGCCACUUUACAGAAGAGGAAACUGAGACCCACAGAUACACUAAUUCAGUGUUGGAGCCAGACCUCCUGCCUUCCAGUCCUACCCUUUCCUCCUCCAACCAGGCACCUGGAACUCUCCUUAGCCACAAUUUCAUCACUUUUGCCCUUUUUUCACAUCUUGAUGAGUCCCUCUGGUCUGUGCUUGUUUAUCUAAGAUACAGAUUAUAGAAAAAGGCUGAAAGGGGCCCCAGAUAAAGGAGGCCAAAUAGCCCAGCCGUCCCACUAACACUGGACUCUGGCCAAUGCUUAGCCAAAAAUGGAGGGAGAACCUGAAUCCACUUCAAUUCAACAAGCGUUUAAUAAAUACUUACUCCAUGAGGGUACCAAGAGGCCCUAAAACAAUUGAUUGUGUCUGGGGGUAUGUGCCUACUUGUAUUGGUAAAAGGAGGGAAUUCCCUGUGCCAAAGAAAUCCCAAGACCCAUACCUAUUACCUACUAUGUGAUAGGAUCAAAGUGUGGGAGCUGGAAGACACCUUAGUCCGACCCCCUUCUGAACAGGAAAGUGAGGUCCACUGAGGCAGAAUGAUCUGCCCGGUCAUAGAGGUAGUAGGGAAUUCAAGCACGGGUCCUCACUACUUCAAGCGUAGUGCUCAAUCCAUUCCAUUGAGGAGUCAGGCAAUCUGUUGGUUGUGGAGGAGGUGGGAAGAGAAUCCAACCCAAAGUUCUUGCUCAAGGAGCUUUCUGGAGUUGCUAGAGGGCAGAGCCUCAUGUUUUGUAUGCAUAACCCUAGAACCUUGACCAGUGCCUGACACAUAGGAGGUGCCUAAUAAAUGCCUAUGGAUGAAUUGAAGGAAGUUAGGUUUUUUGAGGAUUGGAGGGGGGAAGAGGAAGUGCAUUCUAGGCAUAGAGACAGUCUGUGCAAAGCCAUGGAGGCUAGAUGUCAAAUGCUGAGUUCAGGGAAGAACCACUGGCCAGUUCGGCAGGGAUGCAGUCACCCGGUCAAAGCAAAUUUGUUUUUCUUUUCAUUAAAUGUAAGCCAUAUUGCUGUG